CCAUGGUGAGCAGACUGUCCGGACCUAGUUGGAAGCAGCCGUGGAGCUCUCACUACUCCAAGCUUCAUCUUGGUUGGUCCUUAAAAGAAAUGAUCACUGCCCCCAGUGAAUAUGGUGAAGAAGUUGGUGAUGGCCCAGAAACGGGGAGAGACACGAGCCCUUUGCCUGGGUGUAGCCAUGGUGGUGUGUGCCGUCAUCACCUACUACGUCCUGGUCACAACUCUGCUGCCCCUCUACCAGAAAAGCGUGUGGACCCAGGAAUCCAAGUGCCACCUGAUUGAGACCAACAUCAGGGACCAGGAGGAGCUGAAGGGCAAGAAGGUGCCCCAGUACCCGUGCCUGUGGGUCAACGUGUCAGCUGCGGGCAGUUGGGCUGUGCUGUACCACACAGAGGACACCCGGGACCAGAACCAGCAGUGCUCCUACAUCCCAGGCAGCCUGGACAACUACCAGACGGCCCGGGCCGACGUGGAAAAGGUCAGAGCCAACUUCCAAGAGCAGCAGGUCUUCUACUGCUUCUCCGCACCUCCAGGGAACGAAACCAGCGUGCUGUUCCGGCGCCUCUACGGGCCCCAGACCCUCCUCUUCUCCCUCUUCUGGCCCACCUUCCUGCUGACCGGUGGCCUCCUCAUUAUCGCCAUGGUGAAGAGCAACCAGUACCUGUCCAUCCUGGCGGCCCAGAAGUAGAGCCAUCCAUGCCAUACCACUUGUCAGGGCACAGGGGACUGGCUGAGCCCCCAGGGCUGCUCCCCACUUGCAGACCUAUGCCUUCUGCACCUGCCCUCCCACUCUUCCACUCCAAUCCACCCUGUCUUCUAUUGCAGGAUUAACCUUUGAGAAAUCCCUUUGUGAAGUCAUUUCCUGCUUAAGAAUGUACAAUGGCUCCCCAGUGCCGUGGAGGCCAUAAGGCCAGCCAGUUAUAGCUCUCUAUUACCUGUCCCUACUCAACAAACUCAUACCUGUUUCCGGUUGCGUCACUAUGUGCCCCACAGAGAACAAUGAUCGUCACCUCUGUGCCUGUGUUCUCCCUGUUGUCUCAAAGGGGUACCCAUCUUCCCCUGGAAGCUGUCGCCAGCGAGCCUCAGUUCUUUAUUUGAAUUCUCUAAUAAGAACAACAGCAGCUCCCAUUUCUAGAACACAUUUACAGUAUUACUAUUUUCUAGGAUACAAAGUGCCAUAUAUAUUUUUAAUUCCAAUAUUAAUAAAUGUAUGCAAAACAACAAUCAGCUGCAGGGAAAUGCACGAGAACUCAUCAAAAUAUUAGCGGCGGGAUGGCGGUUAAUUUCUGUUUUCUUCCUUACCCCCUUUUGAUUUUUGGUGCUUUUCUAAAUUGUUUUAUUAUAGGAAGGUUGUGUUUUGUAUGUUUUUAAUCAGAAAAGCCAUGGUAGAUGCCAUUUAGGAAAAGUUGAGAGAGUGUGUCCCCCUCACAGAAAAAGAUGGAAGUGGGUCUGGGGAUGGAGUUGGGUUCCGGUCAGAGACAGGCCGUUCAGAACACACAAUCUUAAAAACCCCUCUGGAGGAAAGGUCGUGAUGUGGAGGAGGAUUUGUUACUUAAACUGAGGGUAUGGACUCCGGCACUGAGCCUGCUGGGGAAGCCUAUCUCAGAUUUGAAAAGGUCUAAAUGGGAAGAAGCCAUCGCCUUUACCAUUCCCACUCCAGGAAGUUUUCCUAGAACUAUGACUGUCCAAACGUGGUCCCUGGACCAGCAGCAUCAGGAUCCUGGGGCAGCUUGUGAGAACUGCACACUCUCAGGCCCUUGUCCCAGCCCCACCGCGCUAGAAGCCCUGCACAGGGUCGGGGUAGCAAUGCUUUAUGUUUUAACAAUGGUGUAGGGGAUUCCGUGGCACACCUCGAGCCGGAGAACUACUGGUGUAGAAAGCGAGCAUCCUGUCGCCGGGUUUUUCAGAGCAGAUGAGUGACCAUUCAGCAGGGCCAGUCCUGAGCUGAGUGUGAAGUUAGGCCAGUGUCUGAAGUUUCUUCCAGUGCUAUGAGUCUAAGAUGCAGCUCUUGGGUUUGAAUCCUACUGAUCCUUCUUGGGUUUGAAUCUUGGGUCUCUACCGCUGCCCGAUUUCAUCUGUUUGAUUCUUAGUUUUUUCAUCUAUAAAAGAAGAACUCCUUCUGGAUAGUUGGGGGGGCUAAAGGAAUGUUUGACACAUCAUAGGUGUCUAAAAUGGCAACUAUAGUUUUUGUUUGUUUGUUUGUUUUUGUUUUCUUAACUUUCGUUUUAAGUUGCAGGGUACACGUUCAGGUUUGUUACAUAGGUAGACUUGUGUCAUGGGAGUUUGUUGUACAGAUUAUCUCAUCACUCAGGUAUUAAGUCUAGUACCCAUUAUUAAAGCAAAUGUGGUACAUAUACAUCAUGGAAUAUUAUGCAGCCAUAAAAAGGAAGGAGAUCAUGUCCUUUGCAGGGGCAUGGAUGGAACUGGAGGCCCAAUAUUAUCCUUAGCAAACUAACGCAGGAACACAAAACCAAAUACUGUAUAUUCUCACUUAUAAGUGGGAGCUAAAUGAUGAGAACACAUGGACACAAAGAGGAGAACAACACACCCUGGGGCCUCUUGGAGGGUGGAAGGUAGGAGAAGGGAGAGGAUCAGGAAAAAAGAGCUAUUAUUAGUAACAAGAAUACGUCAUGAAUACUCAUAAACUUCCAAAAGUUAUACUAAAAAUGUUAUCUGGUAUGUAUGGGUGCUUAUUUAUUCUGUGCUGGGCACUGUGCUAAUUAGUUUGCCUUGUAAAAAAAAAUGAGGUACUCCUGAACCUGCCUCAUAGAUGAUGAGAAGCAACAGAGUACAGUGGCUAAGUAUGUGGACCUGGGAUGUGCACUAUUUGUGUUCAAAUUCCAACCAUGCCAUUCACAAGGUGGGUGACUUUGGGCAAAUAACCUCUCUGUGCCUGUUUCCUCAUUUGCAAAAUGGAACUAAUAAUAGUAUCUUUCCAUAGAGUUUUGGCAUGAAACGAAUUCUUAUGUAAAUUUCCUAGGAUAGUGACAUAUGGUAAGUGCAAUCUAAGUUACUAUGAAAAACUGAGGCUGUAAGAGGUAACUGGCCAAGGCCAUCUGUAAAGUGAGGGGCUAGGACUCUAGCCUGGAGCUGUGUGAUUCCAAAGCCUGGCAUCUCAACCACAGAACUCAGCAGAGCCAGCUGAAGGGCUGAGAGACAGCCACCCAAAGCCACAGGGGCCAAGCAGGGAGCUGUGCUGCAUCCCUGGAACCCAGGUGCCCUCAUGCAGGUUGGAGUUCGGAGGCAAGGCCCUGGAAUCUGCACCAGCAUCUGCCACUUCCAGCCAGGGAGCCGAGGUAUCCCUGUGGCUUCUAGUUUCUUACCUGGUGGACUUUCCUUCCAAAGGCAGGCAGCUCAUCAUUCCCCGGAAUUUUUCCCUUCCGGGAUCAGGGAAGUCUCAAGGGUCCUCAUGUGAGUCUUUUAAGAAAGUCUUAAUUGUAAUAUUGUACUAUAGUUUUGCAAAAUAUUAAAUAUUACCAUUGGGGACAUUAGGUAGAGGGGGCACAGAAUGUCUCUGUAUUAUCUUAUACAGCUGCAUGUGAAUCUACAAUUAUCUCAAAAAUGUAAGUUAAAAAAAGGAAGAAAAAUAAGAAAGGAAGUCCCAACUGGGAGUCUGAUUUAAAGGGCCUAUUUUGUCAAUGGUUUCCAUGCACCUGAAUUUGGGACUAAAAUACACAGAAACUCAGAACACCCAAACAAUCUCUGCAGGGAAAAAGGCCAUGUUCCCCUGGGAAAAUUAGUAUGUGGGGAUGCCUAACCCCCACUGUCCCAUAAAUUAUUAAUGAUGGCCUUCAUUUGCUUGAGACAGAUGUUCUCCUCCUGUUAACAAAGACCAGCCUUCUAGCAAAUGCCACAACUGUCUGCUGCUCACAGAACUAUAUGCAAAGGAUAAGCAUGAAAUAAUGGGAAUUUGGGCAUAAUGGAGUUAGACACUGCGCUUACGUGUUUUUUGCAAUAAUAUCUGCCUGGGAGCAGAUAACCUUCAUCAGUUCUCAAUAAACCACUCUGCUAAUGA